AUGGCUAAACACACCAACACCAGGCCGCACAAGUGCACCCUGUGCGACUAUUCUGCGGUUGAGAAAAAGGGUCUGAAGUUCCACAUGGCCACCCACACUGGGGAGAAACCUUACACGUGUGAGUUUUGCAAUUUUGCCACCCAUAAAAAGACAUAUUUGAAAAGUCACGUGCUCACACACAGUGCCGACAAACCGUUCAAGUGUCAGGUCUGUGACUAUUCUGCAGUCCAAAUGGGAAAUCUUAAAAAACACAUGUUGAAACACACUCAACCUAAAAUUAAGGUUAAAAAGGAGCCAAAGAAGCACAGCUGUCCGCACUGCGAAUAUGAAACAGUAAUAAAAGAGGCGAUGACAAAACACAUCAGGACCCACACUGGAGAGAAACCCUUCAAGUGCCAACAGUGUGACUAUUCGGCAGCACAGUCGGGCACCCUGAAAAAGCACGUCCUAUCUGUGCACACCAGUGAGAGACCUUACAACUGUGGCCACUGCGACUUCUCAUCGGCAAGUAAGAACGGUCUUUUUAGCCAUGUGAGGACAAUACACGGCGGUGAGAGACCUUACCAGUGCUCUUACUGUGAUUAUUCCGCAGCGCAAAAUGGUCAACUAAAAGACCACAUCAUGGCUAAACACACCAACACCAGGCCGCACAAGUGCACGCUGUGCGACUAUUCUUCGGUAACCAAGAAGAGUUGA